UUUGAAGUGAAAGAGAAAAUAAAUGCACUGUUUGCAUUUUCUGAAAGGAACAUUUUUCUGUUUUUGCUAAACUUUCCUUUGCUGAGUCGAGGUCUUCUACUGUGGAUCGUUUCUGGAGAAAUGAAGUGUUCCUAUUGCAAUUAGCUUGUUGAAAGUUUUGGGAGAGUGCAGUCGGCCAACAUGGCGAAGGUCAGUAGUACUAGUAGCAAACCCACCGAAGGUGAUUCAAUGGCAGAUGACAGGUGUGGCAUCGGCAGCGCUCUGGAAUACUGCGUGGAGAAAGACGAGCUGUUGCGCAUCAUCUCUGGCCUGCCUAGCUUGCCGGACGAGGCCAGACUGGAAAGGUUUGCGUUCAUUACUAACAACUAUCAAGAGCAGCCUCAUCUUCUCGAUCCACACAUGGAGACCAUGCUUCGCAUAUUGAUGGAGUAUGGCUGCUCGCCGCAGUCCACAGAGUCCGUACGCCACCAGGCAUUCAAGUACGUGUAUCAGCUGACAAAGGUGCGCGGACGCAAGUACAUUGUGCGUCUGCUCAGCCACGAGGUGGCCGAUCUAGAGCCGGCGUUGGCGCUGCUCAACGCACAGAAUCCUAGAGACCACGAGACGUGGGAGACACGUUACGUGCUGCUGCUCUGGUUGACCAUCAUCUCUCUCGUUCCGUUCGACAUGAAGCUGUUUGACGGGGGGCAGUCUGGCGCCAGUGAUUCCGCUGACUCUGCAGCAGCCGGUGGUGGGCGACAGCUGCCGAUCAUGGAGCGAAUUCUAGAUGUGGCAAAGAGGUACCUCAGUGUCACAGACACGUCCAGGGAUGCUGCAUCACUGCUUAUUGCAAAGUUCAUAUCUCGUCCAGACGUUCGGCCGUUGCACCUAGCGUCCACUGUUGCCUGGCUACACACGUCUAUCGUUGCCAGCUCAGGCAGGGGCGUUGGACACGGAUAUGCUGGUACGUCUGUGGCCGGGGCACUGUCCACAUUGUCUGCACUGUUCAAGCAUGGCCGGCGUGAGGACUUGCUUGAGUACAGCGAGAGUACAUACCACAGUGUUACUGGCUCACAGCUGCUCAACAGCAGCAACACACUGCUCAGGAAGCUGGCUGUCAAGCUGGUCCAGCGGGUUGGUCUGAUCCUACUGCCGACGCGUGUGUGUGCCUGGCGCUAUCAACGCGGCAGUCGCUCGCUACUGCUCAACCUUGGCCAGGACAACGGCGGCGGUGGUGGUGAUGGUGUCGAGGCGGCGGCAUCCUCUUCUGCCCAGGCCGGUCAGGACGAGGAGGACGAGUUCGACGUGCCGGAAGUGAUCGAGAGCAUUCUCGAGACGAUUUGGACCAGCUUGUGCGAUAAGGACACAGUGGUACGGUGGUCUGCAGCGAAAGGUGUGGGACGCAUCGCGGCUCGCUUGCCGAAGAGUUUUGGAGAUGAGGUUGUUGCGUUUCUUCUCAGCUUGUUCAGUCCUACGUCCACGCAUGCAGCUUGGCACGGUGGAUGCUUGGCACUAGCUGAGCUUGGGAGGCGUGGACUCCUGGAGCCAGGUCGUCUUGCUGAAGUUGUUCCCGUUGUAGUCAGUGCCACGGCGUACGACCAACUCUAUGGAUCCUGCAGUAUAGGCUCUCACGUCCGUGACGCCGCCUGCUAUGUGUGCUGGUCGUUUGCCCGGGCGUACGAACCCAAGGACAUUGAGCAGUAUGUUGAUGAAAUCGCCAGGGCGUUGGUUAUCACAACGGUGUUUGACCGGGAGAUUAACUGUCGACGUGCUGCAUCCGCUGCCUUCCAGGAGAACGUGGGUCGGCAGGGGACUUUCCCCAACGGUAUUGACAUCGUUACCAUGGCAGACUACUUUGCGGUCGGAAACCGACAGAACGCCUACCUGAAUCUUAGCGUACAGAUAGGCAAGUUUGAGAAGUACUGUGUUCCGUUGAUCGAGGCGUGCGUUGGAUCCAAGCUCAACCACUGGGACGGGUCUGUCCGUGAGCUGGCUUCAAAAGCACUGCACAACUUAACAGAGAUAGCACCGGAGUACAUGGCAACAUCUGUAUUACCUCGUGUUGUAGACCGCUGUUCUCAUCUGUCCAUUCGAGAAUGCCACGGCGGAGUGUUAGCUGUUGGACAGAUCUGCUACGCUCUCUCCAAGCUAUGCAAGUCACAUGACAGCAAGACGUCGCUAAGAGACUGGGUUGCUGAUGAUGUCAUGGACAAGAUCAAUGAUGUCAUCAGUGUGAUGAAGGCAUCUAACUUAUUCAAGGGUGUGCACAGCAUUGAGACCCGGAUGGCUGCAUCUAGCUUCAUAGAAAACCUCUCCAAGGCUGAGUUUCCCGUUCGAGACAGCACUGUGCUAGAAAGUUGGCAAUGGCUAAUUGACGACUCGCUUCCGUUUGUCGACAACACUAACGCCGGUGUGACGGAUUCAGCACUAGCUGCGCUAACACCAUUCACGGCACACUACUACAGUCAGCCGGAUGUCACACCGGAUCACAGAGGUGCUAUCGUUGAUGGCUACUGUCGCGAGUUGAAAAGCAAACUUGUCUUUCCACGCAUGGGAUUUUCCCUAGCACUGGGUGCGCUACCACCAAUCAUGCUGCAGUCCAAGGUCACUCAAAUCCUAUCCAGCUUGGUGGCCGCUACGCAUAUCGAAGCUGGUGUGGAGAGUCAGUUUGCGGAGGCGCGGCGUGAUGCAGUCAAGGCGUUAGGCAGGUUCUGCCUCACGGCUGGUUUCCACGAGGACAUGGAUCCAACAUAUCACCUGCCCGUGUCCACCACAGUUGGCCAGGUGUAUGACGCAUGCCUGAUGUCGAUGCAGGACUACACCACGGAUAGCCGCGGCGACAUCGGUGCUCACGUGAGGGAGGCCAGCAUGCUGUGUCUGCAGGACCUGACCAUGUCACUGGCAGAGACCCACCCAGCUGCUCUCACUGAGCCUCUGAUGCUGGCAUUGAUGACAUCGCUGUUGCAGCAGAUCAGUGAGAAGAUUGACCGGACGCGAUCGGUGGCUGGCGGUGUCAUUGCUAAACUCUUACACUCCGACAGUCCGGUGAUACCGUGCAUUCCCGAGAGAGAAGCUCUGACCGCCGUAUUGACAGAGACGCUGUGCUCGGAGCUGAACUGGGCGUCUGCAAGCGACGCCUUCCCUCACACGGUACAGCUGCUAUCAGUGGCGCCGUAUCGUCAGUCUGUACUGACUGGUCUCAUUGUUAGCGUGGGAGGCAUGACAGAGUCGCUGGUCAAGCAUGCCAGUGGUGCCCUGGUGGAGUUUUUGGAGAAAUUUACUGCCAGUGACGAGAACUUGGCUGUGAUCUGCAGUGAUAUUCUGUCUAUUUUCAAGAAAUACCAGAAAGUGGAUCGUGUUACGGUCCCGCUGUUGAAAGCCCUCGAUGUCCUGUUGUCCAGCGGCUGCUUUGAGCAGCUCACCAGUCGUAAGGAUGCCAAGUUUCCCACUGAUCUCCUAGCCCUGUGCAAGGCGGAGACAGCGCGCAGUGGAGAUGCGAAGAAGCUCAUAGACUCCGUUCCAGUGUUUUGCGGGCUGCUGCCAUUUCCCGGCUUGCGGCUACCCUGCUUACGGCAGUUGACAAUACUACUUGGCCACAAGUACCCCAGGGUACGCGCGGUGACGGCCGAUUACUUCGUGGUCGCUUUGGUGUCCUACGCUGACAUUGUCCUGCCAACGGGUGACGAGGACGCGGGCGGUGAAGACGACCCCAUGACAAUACUCUCCACGACAGCGUGGGACGAUGCAGCGCUGGCGGAGGUGCGCGAGGCACGCAAUCGGAUUUGCAACGUGCUCGAGAUACCCGUGCCCAAAGCGCUAGCACCAACGGCAGCGAAGUCUGGCGCACAAUCUGCAGCAGCAAAGACCGCCGCUCACAAAACCAAGGCUGGUACAUACCAGGAUCUCGUCAACAGUGCAGGAUAUUGAGAGCGAGAAGAAUCCCUCGUCACACGUCUCCAUGGUGGGCCACCGCUUCUGCCACAUGUCUGUGCCUCUUGCCAUGUUGGGUUCUCUUCUUCUUCAGCCUCUUCCUCUCCCUCCUUUCCAUUCUCCUCCUCCUCCUUUUCCUCAUCCUCAUGUGGGUCUUGAGAAAGUUCACCGCCCUGUGUGUAUGUGGGUGUGAGGUUCAUUUAAAUUCAAGAUUGAAACUGUAGUGUGCAUGCCAUGAAAUCCCAUGAAAUCUCUCAUAUCAUGAAAAAUAAAUUCAUCCUCCUAUCACAAAAAUCAUGCUACAGUACAACAUUCAUUCAUACACGACGAAGCCAUAUCUCGAGAUGGUCUCUGUGCCUCCAUCUUUUUUGGUUAUUUUUUUGCUUGUUACUUUGCAUGAUCAUUUCGCUUCUGCGCUAUCGUGCUGCACACACACAUGGAGCGUGGAGUAGUUUUGUUUAGGAUUAUUGACAUUUUCCAGAUUCAUGGUGGACCGCGCAACAAAGCCUGCAACGUUUGUAUUAUCAGCCGAAACGAAAUCUUCAAGAUAA